UUCGCACUUCCACCCCCCUCUCUCUCUCUCUCUCUCUCUCUCUCUCUAAAGCCAAGAAGAAGCGAGCGGCCUCGGGCUCGGGGAGGCGCCGGCGGAGGCACGCCAUGAGGCUGCUCGUCCCGGACGGCGCGCGGCGGCAGCGGCUAAUGCAGUGCGAGGCGCGCGGGCCGCCGCCGUCCCCGCCCCCGGCGCCGCCGGCGGCGGCGGGGGGAGGAGGAGGAGGAGGAGGAGGAGGGAGGACGGUGGUGGUGGGGAUCAGGCGGGACGCCGCGAGCCGGGAGCUGCUCACCUGGGCGCUCGUCAAGGUCGCCAAUGCCGGGGAUCGCGUCGUCGCGCUCCACGUCGCCGCCGCCGCCGACGGAUUGCUCAUGGGGCUGGAUGAGCGGAGCAGGGCCGCGGAUUCGCUCUCGUCGGUGCUCGCCGUCUACGACGGCUUCUGCAACCUCAAGCAGAUUAAUUUGGAGCUCAAGGUCUGCGGAGGAUCAUCAAUUCGCAAAACUCUGGUCAAAGAAGCAGCUUCCUGUGGUGCCGCACAUCUCAUCCUCGGUGUUGCCAAGAAUUCCCGAUCCUUCGGAUCCUCCUCCACAUCAGUUGCCAAGUACUGCUCAAAGAGAGUCCCGGCAGUCUGCUCGGUUCUUGCAGUGAACAAUGGUAAAGUUGUUUACCAUAAAGAUGCGGGCCAUGGGAUGCAACAUGAAUUAUACCAAAGCACAAUACCUGAGACACCAAGGAGGAGCUACCGGAAGCUAUUGUCGUCCAUGAUUGGGGAGAAACUUUGUGAUGAACAUGGAAAGGAAAGCAGGUCCAUUUCUCGUGCCAUCACCAUGCCAAUGAGGUCUCCCGCGCGAUCAAAAGAAGUUUCACUAGCUUUGGUCCCAGUGAAGGGUUGCCGACGCGAAUCUCCAGAAGUAGCAACUGGCUGGCCCCUCCUGAGGAAGAAGUUCUUGCCAGACCGGAAAGCUUCCCUGCCUGACAAGUCAAAGAUGUCUGUGGUGCAGUGGGCGAUGCGGCUACCGAGUAGGUAUUCAGCAGUUUCACCAGUCCAUUCGGAAUACAACAGAACCACAAGACCAGACUCCACGAGUACCAGUCAUAUUCUCUGUGACCGGGUGGUUGGCCCAUUGAGGAGCAACUCAGGAAAGUCUUCUGUAGUAAUCGAAGAAUUAGAGAAGGAAACUCCAGAGGAACUGACCUUGCUUAAAGAGAAAUUCUCAUCCAUUUAUUCUUCCUUCAGUUACAGAGAGCUGGCAAAGAUCACCUCUAAUUUCUCAACAGAGUGUGUUAUUGGAGAAGGUGGCACUAGUCAUGUUUACAGAGGCUGUUUGCCAAAUGGCAGGGAGCUAGCAGUGAAGAUCCUGAAGUAUUCUGAUGAAGCACUCAAGGAGUUCGUAUCAGAGAUUGAGAUUGUUAGUUCUCUCAGCCACAAGAAUGUGAUAUCCCUGAUCGGUUUCUGCUUCGAGAAUGAUGACCUUCUGUUAUUGUACGAGUACUUGCAAAGAGGCAGCCUGGAAGAGAUACUGCAUGGUGAAAAAGGAUGCAAGAAUAUAUUUGGUUGGACUGAGAGGUUCAGUGUGGCUGUGGGAGUUGCUCAUGCUCUGGAUUAUCUCCACGGUAAUGACAACAGUCAUCCAGUGAUCCAUAGGGAUGUCAAGUCAUCAAACAUCCUCAUCUCGGACUGCUUUGAGCCAAAGUUAUCGGACUUUGGUCUCGCAGUCUGGGCUGCUGAUGUGACAUCUCAGAUGACAUAUAAUGAUGUUGCAGGAACUUUCGGAUACUUGGCUCCCGAGUACUUCAUGCAUGGCAAGGUGAACAACAAAAUCGAUGUGUAUGCUUUUGGUGCCGUCCUUCUUGAGCUCAUCUCGGGCAGGAAACCACUUUGCACUGGUUGUCUGAAAGGGCAGGAGAGCCUGGUGAUGUGGGCAAAUUCCAUCAUACAAGGAGGAAAGCUCGCACAACUUGUAGAUCCCAACUUACCUACUGAAGGCCACACCAAUGAAGUUGAGAGGAUGACCCUUGCUGCUUCCCUCUGCAUCAGACAAGCACCUCAAAACCGUCCUCAAAUUGAUGUUGUUGUAAAGCUUCUUGAAGGUGACAGUGAUAUACUCAAGUGGGCACGAUCACAAGUCGGACUGUCAUACGAGGUUGAUGCCGAUGAAUGUGUGAUGACACCACCAGCACAAGGGACUAAUGCCAACAUCCAGUCCUACAUCAACCUCGCAUUCGAUGUGGAUGAUGACUCUGCCUCUGUCACCAGCACCGACUUCAUCGCAGCCAACACCUCCUUGGAAGAGUAUCUGAAGGGAAGAUGGAGCCGGUCCUCGAGCUUCGACUGACCGAUCAAUGGCAGAGUUACCCCUUGUUAGUGUAUAGAUCUUUUUUUUUAAUUUAAGUUACAUUUUUGCUCCUUGGAUGAGAGUCGGCACAUGCAAUGCCCUCCACCAGGAAUUUCAUUUGAUCAUGCAUGGCUUAGUUCUUUUGUUUUUAUGUGAGGGUCUUUUUCCUCUCUGAAAGGACCCUUUUUUUUACUGUCUGAACUCUAAAGAGUGAAGAGUCAUACCCAGGAAUUCUCAUCCAAAGGGAUGAGAAAUAAAGUAGGAGCCAUAUGAAAUUGUGGGUUUCUUCCCACAGCGAAAUGUGUAAUCUUUGUUCUAUAUACACUGCUCGUAAAGUCAUAGCUCAGGGCUUGAGAUUAAAAGCAA